AUGCAAAAUCUCCAUUUGUUGGGUACUGGCGGCGGGGGUAGCGGUGGCUCAUUGUCGACAAACCAAACCACAAACCUGUUGUGUACACCAUCACGUACAUUGGAUACAUGGAAGAAUUUCAGCACCAGUGCCACAGGAGGUGGUGGCGGUGAAUUUAGUGUUAAGGAUAAAUCCAGCAGUUUUCUCAAAGCGAAUGAUGGUGUCAGUAGUGUAGGCGGCACCCGAGGCCUCGGUGGCCGUUAUCUGGAUAGUUGCGGACCAGCAGCAGCAGGUGUUGCUGCGGACAAUGACGACGACGAUGAUGGCGAUGAAAAUAUUCAGGAAAUACAAAUUGAAAUACCCCUAGCAUAUGUCAACAAAUGGCAUAAAAACAAUAACAAAACCACUGCGAAUACGAACAGCAAUGCCAGUACGGGACAAGUAACAACAUCCACAACAACCGCAUCACAAUCCACAGGCAUCACAACUACAACCAGCAACACCUCCUCCACCACUCACACAAUGGUCUGA